AUGGCCCACUUUCCUUUCCACGUAAAAGAGCACGUCCUUCCGUGUCAGCACAUCCGCUCGCAUGCCCGUUCGACUGCGCACAGCCAGGAGGACCUUCUCCACCUCGCCGUGAAGCAGUACAUUCCAAUCGACAACCCGAACCCCAAGCCUGGCGAUGUCACUAUCAUUGGAGCCCACGCCAACGGCUUUCCCAAGGAGUUGUAUGAGCCGUUGUGGGAAGAGAUGCUCCGCCGCGCCGAAUCCGCUGGCUUCUCCAUCCGCAGCAUCUGGAUUGCUGAUGUCGCUCAUCAGGGCGCCAGCGGCGUACUAAACGAGCACAAACUUGGCAACGACCCUAGCUGGUUCGACCAUCCUCGCGACCUGCUCCACAUGGUCAACAGCUUUCGCGACCAGAUGGUCCGCCCAAUCUUCGGCGUCGGCCACAGCAUGGGGGGCAACAAUCUCGUCAACUUGUCUCUGAUGCAUCCCCGCCUUUUGGAAUCCCUUAUUUUGAUUGACCCCGUCAUUCAGCGUAGAACCUCCAAAAGGGGCAACCAGGAUCCCGCCGCUGCUUCCGCUCGUCGUCGUGACUACUGGCCCUCUCGUGAGGCCGCCGCUGAGGCUUUUGGAAAGAGCAAGUUCUAUCAGACAUGGGACCCCCGAGUACUGGACUUGUGGGUCAAGCAUGGCCUGCGGGACCUGCCCACCGCCAUCUACCCGUCCCCCCCAGAGUCUACCACCCCGGUUCCAGCCCCAGCCACGGCUGAACCGACACUGGCACCGUCGUCUACCGCUGGAGUGACGCUAGCCACCACGAAACACCAGGAGGUCUUUACUUUUCUCAGACCUUGUUUCGACCCCUGGGGUGAUCCGCAAACAGAGCCUCAGCUUCCAGACUCGAAGACUUACCCUGACUGCACCCCAGAGACCUUUGUCCCCAACUCUCUGUUCUAUCGCGCCGAAGCCAUCAUUACGUUUCAGAUGUUGCCAUUCUUGCGUCCGUCGGUUCUGUACAUAUUUGGCGAAACGUCAGACCUAUCGGCUCCUGAAUAUCGUGCCGACAAAAUGAAGGUCACAGGCGUCGGCAUUGGUGGCAGCGGCGGUGCGUCCGAAGGCCGUGUUUCGGAAAUCACCAUAUCGGGGGUUGGUCACCUCAUUCCAAUGGAGGCAGUCGGUAAGACGGCUGAUUACUGCACUGAUUGGCUUUCCAAGCAACUUCAAUCGUGGCGUGAGAAGGAGAAAGAAGAGCGACGAGAAUGGGCAGCCCUUCCCGACGAAAAGAAGCGUGUCCUCAGCCCUCGAGUUCUCAAAGCGUUGGCCAACGGAAAUGGAAACAGCAAUACAAAGAAUACACCCAGGGCGCAGAAGCUCUAG